AUGACUCUCGUCGCCCAAGAAAACAAGGGCAGUUCCACACACGAUGUUGUUCCCAAGCCAACACAUGAGAGCCUUUUCUUAGACGGCGUACUUCGAUGGCCCUCUACAGGUCUCAAGGUUCUCAUCGUUGGUGGUGGUCCUGCCGGUCUACUGACCGCUCUCGAGUGCUGGAAAAAAGGACACGAUGUUGAAGUUGUGGAGAAGAACAGCAAAAACUCAACAAUUGGUGAUGUGAUUUUCAUCGGCCCAUCUGCCCUCGCAACUUUCAAGGACUACCCGAGCAUGCUUAAAGAGUACCAUCGCCAGUCGUGGGAUGCGUUCUGUUCAUACCGAAGACUCGACGGCGAAGAAGUUUGCCCUCCUCAAGAGUUCGAGUACAACAGAGACGACGUUCAGCCCCACGUUGCCUGGCCCCUGAGAAUCAGGACCAUGGUGAGCCGACCGGGCAUGUCCAUCAUGUUUUACGACCAGUGCAUGCGUCUAGGCAUCCCAGUCAAGUUCGGCGUGAACGUCGUAGACUACAUUGAGAAUGCAGCUGAAGGAACUGCCACUGCGGUCACUGCUGAUGGUCAGCGACUGACGGCUGACAUUGUGGUUGCUGCUGAUGGUCUCGGCACCAAGUCUCACAAAGUGGUCAUGGGAGAAGCUAUCAGGGCUGUUCCUACAGGAUUCGUCAUUUGCCGCAUCUUCUAUCGUCUUGACCCGGUGAAGAACAAGAACCUCUAUGGAAAGCUGAUCAAGACCACAAGACCUGAUCUGCGCACUCACUCCGGUGACGAUUUCCAUUGCAUCUUUAUCACAGCGAAUGACUCCAUUGUCAUUGCAAUCACGAUGCCGGAUGAUGGAACCGCAUCAGAAUCUUGGGCCGAGACCAUCACUGGUGAUGAAUUUGUCAGCAAGCUGCCAGUGACCGAAGGAUGGGACCCCUUGAUUUUGGAAGGCAUCCAAAACAUCCCUGAGAACAGCAUCGUCAAAUGGCAGCUCUGCUGGCGCGAUCCUCAGCCAAAGUGGACAUCGCCCGAGGGUCGAAUUCUCCAACUUGGUGACAGUGCGCACGCUUUCAUUCCGUCUUCGAUAUCCGGUGCAUCCACAGCGCUCGAAGAUGCUCAAUCUUUGGCUGAAUGCUUGCGACUUGCCGGCAAGAAAGACGCUAAUAUCGGGACCAAGGUUCACGAGUUGUUACGCAUUCGACGCGCUUCUACCCUCCAGCGUCUUGGAUUCGCUAAUCGACGAGAAAUGCAUCGUAAAGGUGGCUUCGAGGAGGUGAUGAAAUCCGCAGCAAAGGGUGGCCCCAUGGGGCUUGGUAAAUGGAUUUGGACUCACGAUCCGGCGAAGUACGCCACUGAUAAAUUUGCCGAAGGCCGCAGUCAUCUAGAGAAUGGGACUCCCUUUGAGCAUACUAACCUUCCAAAGGGGUUCAAAUGGGAACCUAAUUGGACCAUGCAAGAGGAGAUUGAGAAGGAGAAGCAGGGAAUCCACACGCCUGACCUGAAGAUGAAUGGUGACUGGAGCAUUUACUAGACUUAGACGACGUCCUAUAAUAUAGACAAACCGUGUCGGACCCAUAGAUCAAGGUACGUAGAUUGAGUCGGAGAAUCAAUAGAGCUGUUCUUCGUUUACAAACUACCUUAAUACAACACGUCGACCCUGUCUCAAUAUUUGUUUCGACCCCAAGCUCUAUGAAGCCUCAGGAACCUAGCGACCAUGAGGUGUACGCUUCUUUAAGUCAGGAAACUAUUUCUCAGCCCUCUGCACCAUACUUGCAGGCUUUGCCGGCUAUUGUGUAGCGAGGAUAGUGUUGUAGGUGCCGCUGGCAUUAAACGAUAUUACAGGCUUAAAAGGGGAGAUAC